UGCAGUGUUUCGCAAAACUACAUGCAGCUUAAUUGUAGCUAACUUUUUGUUUAGCCAGUGAUGAUACCGUUUUCUAAACCGGUGUAUAGCAAGAAAAAAGGUGAAGGCUAUUAGAAAUGUAUAAAACUGUCGCACUAAACUUUGAUUGCUGUUUCUUGCAAGCUACGUGGAAAUUCCGAUAUUUUUUUGCAGGCACUUGAAGCCAACGUUAUUAUUUUUGCGUAUGUGGUCUUGUUUGGCGAACGAUGGAGAUGUGAUGUUAUGAGUUUGGAGACGAUGCUAAGCUUUUUGAAGAGACAGUGCCUUGUCACAGUUAUUCAUCGACUCCGUCUGUUGUAUGUAAACGAAUCGAUGCUGUUUUUGGAUCCGGCUGGUAGCAUACUUUGUGAUGAGAAAGGAGGUCUGGAGCCGAGGUGUGGAGAAUAAUGGGGCACAGCUGACGUUGUAAACACUGUCGCAUGUUAUGUGUCACACUCGAGGCUAAUAUGCUCGCAAAGCAUAGGAUACAACUAUCGGGUUGCAGGAGGAUGAAAUAGGAAGUCAGAUAUCUGAGUUUGAAGCCAGGUGGGCCAGAGAUGGGAAGUGACACCGCACUGCUCCAAAUUCAUCUGCUUGUUGUGCAAAGGAGGAUAGCCCUCCAGGCAAAAAAAUAUCCUCGGAAGACAAACACUUUUUGGUGAUUUUAACAACGUAAAAAACGGCGUUAUACUAAGUUGCAUCCACAGUAGGCCUACCGACGCAGGUUUAGCUGGAUCCAGCAUUGUUGUUGUUUUUGUGCCCUCACUUUGCAAACAUGUCCUUCACAAUGGAGGAUAAUUUCGAGUCGGGCUGGGUAGCUGUCCGCCCGAACGCCUUUGAUGAUAAGGAAAAGCACAAAUUUGUUUUUAUUGUUGCAUGGAAUGAAGUGGAGGACAAAUUUGCCAUUACGUGUCACAACAGGACGGUGCAGAGGAGAAGCUUUGGUAGGGACCCACUGGCCGAAGCCACUGGCCAGGAUGGAGACAAAACAAAAUGGCCCGAAAGUCCCACCAGAGAUAAAGUCUACAGGAGUCCAAGCAAAGGAGUCUGCAGCCCUAAAACCAAAUCCGUCAUGGCACCAGCAAUGAGUCCUGUCAAAAUCCCUUCAGUCAGUCGUGACACUGAGGUGUUAAAACCUCUCAGAGAGGACCAGCUGUCCCCCUCUCUGGACCUCUUGGAUCUGGAGGAGCUGGACAGUCUGAGCCGGGAGGACCGCAGCUGGGCCGGGCUUUUCUCCUUCCAGGACCUGCGGUCGGUCCACCAGCAGCUGUGCUCGGUGAACUCGGACCUGGAGCCUUGCCUCCCGGUGUUUCCGGAGGAACCAGCCGGGAUGUGGACAGUGCUGUUCGGCAUGGCGGAAGUACCCGAGACAGAAACGGAUAAGCUUUGCUACAGUUUGCAGAGGUACCUGAGCCACUCACUCGAUAUCUGUGGAUGGAAGAUCCUGUCGCAGGUUCUGUUCACGGAAAAAGACGACCCAGAUGAGUACUACGAGAGCCUGAGCGAGCUGAGGCAGUCUGGGUACGAAGAGGCACUCAACCGGGCAACAAAACAUCUGCAAGAGCUGCUGGACAAGCACAAGACCAUUGACAGUAUGGUGGAGCUGUUGAAGGUUUAUGAGGAGGAAGACGAGGCAUAUGGAGGACUGCUGGAGGCCUCCACCCAGCUGUACCAGUACCUGCUGCAGCCCUUCAGAGACAUGAGGGAACUGGCAAUGCUACGCAGACAGCAGAUCAAGAUUUCCUUGGAGAAUGACUACCUGGGGCCGAGGCGGAUUGAAGCUCUAAAAAAGGAGGACUUUGACUGGCAGAAAAAAGCUCAAGAGGCCGUCCUCAACAUACAGGAGUUUACUAUAAAAUACUUUGAGAUCACUGCCAAAGCCCAGAAAGGGGUGUAUGAGCGUAUGAAGGUGGACCAGCGCAAGUUUGGUAAAUCCUCUUGGACGGCUGCGGUGGAGCGCAUGGAGAGACUCCGCUACUCUGUGGCAAAGGAAACUCUGCAGCUCCAGAGAGCCCGGGAGAUCUGUCUGGAGCAGAGGAAGCACACACUACGAGAGGAGAUGCAGAGUCUGUGUAGCAGUGAGAACGCCAUGGCCCUCUUAGACCACAUGGAGACACAGUACUAUGAGCGGCAGCUGCAACUGUACGACAUCCAGGCGGAGAUAUUACAGUGUGAAGAGCUGCUUCUCAUCGCGCAACUAGACAGCAUUCACAGGCAGAUUUCUGGUAUUUUGGAGGAGGUGGUGUACUAUGACACCUUUAAAGUAAGUACAGAUGAUAUAAAGCAGGAUGAUCCUGCCGAGAGGGAAGAGCUGCGCAGACUUCAGGUCAGCGCUCGACAGCUGGAGGCAAGAAGGGGGCGCAUCACUGCCAAGCGCUCCUAUCUGAGGAACAAAAAGGAGAUCUGUGUAUCAAAUCACACUCAGAAACACAGACAGCAGAAACAUCUAGCCCUCCACAAGGACUCCCAUCAGGUCUUACAGUUGAAAGAUGAAGACGAGGAAGACGAGGAGAGGAAGAAUAGCAGAGUUAGUCAGGAGAGGCAGAGAACUCUGGACAGACUACGCACUUUCAAGCAGCGGAACCCAGGUCAGGUGAUGAUCUCAUCCCCGACUGCGCGUCACAGAAGAAAAGGGCACGGCAGGAGCAUGGAGAUGAGUAGUGUGUGUGAGAGGGAGGAGCGGGUGCCCUCGGUGUGUGUGGGCGCAGGGCCACCCCUGUGUCUCAGCACCAGCGUGCAGACGGACCCCAGCUACCUCACCACCCAGCCCGUCACGGCCCUCACAGCCUCCCUCCCUCGGCUGCCUGUGCACAGUCCUGCAGACUCCUUCUGCUCCCCCUGCUCCCUGUCCUCCCUACUGUCCUCCUCCAUGUCCCCUCCUCCUCCCCCUCCACCUCCACCUCCCCUGCCAACAAAGGAGGAGUUGUCACCUACUGCUAGCCCAGUCCGCAGAAGGUCAAGGUGAAGAUGGGAGAGCAGAAA